AAAAGUUGUUUUUGAUCUACCUAUAUAGCCAUAGAAGAAGUAGGAAAGGACGAAGAAGAACACUAUUUCAAAAAUAAAAAAGAUCCCACCGGAGAUCUAGUUGUGUAUGUAGACAAUUCAAUGUUACAGUUGUAAAGCUGUCAGUAAACAAACACAAAUGGCGGGCAGCAGACUGGAGAGGUUUGGAACCGUUUACUCCCGGGUUCGAGAUCUUAUGCGCUCUGGGGUCAUAAAGCCAUCACAGAAACCCAUCUGGUUCGACGUAUACGAGGCGUUUCCACCCAAGAAGGAGCCACUCUACGUGAAGCCACACACCAGGACCGCCACUAAGAAGCAGGAACCAGUGCCUGAAAUCUUUUACAGAGAGGACGAAAUCAGAGCGAAGUUCUUUGAGCAUUAUGGGUCGGGUUAUCGGUCCUUUUUGCUUCACAAGCCAGACUUUGUUUCUACAUCUCAGAGGUUCGUAGACAAGUACAUGGAGUUAAAGAGCCGCGGUGAGUUGGAGGAGGCCGCUCUGUUUGAGGAGACUGGGAAGGCAUUACUCGCAGAAGGCAUCACGCUGAAAAAGAGAGGAGCUCCCUCUGUGUCAGCAGAGUCCAGGGAGUCGAGGCUAACAGACAUGUCAGCGGAGGAGCAGACAGUCGGGGCUGGCAGCGAGGAGACUACAGACACUGCAGACACCACAAACACACACACAACAUAGACCUCAGCAGAUAUGAUGUUUGACUUUGAGAAACUCUGGCUCUGCUGCUCGUCUGAAAGUGAUGUUCAUUUGGGGAAACGGCUUUAUCCGCCGCAGCUGUGGGUGUCAGCUUCAUGUUUCCUAAACUAAGGUGACUUUCCACAGGACACUGCGCCACCAGCAGGAUGCCGUUAGUCUAAGAUCAAUGGAUCUUUAAAUCCUGUGGUUGGAAAUAGUCCAAGCACAUGUUAUAUUUGUUUAUAUAUGUAUGUGUUUAAUCAUGUAACUGUGAAAUGAAAGAUACAAUUAAAGCGACUUUGCUAGCAUGUUGGAUUCACUCUUUCACUUCAUUCAGCUGUGAAAGGUUAAAAGAAUGCAUGGCUUUUAAUGAUUUUUUAAUAUGUAAUAAAGAUGAAACUAAAAAGUU